AUGAUUAGUAAAGUGCUCAUAGUCCACCUGUUGGCGUGCGGGGUUGUCGGUCGCACUCCACCAAACCCACUGGCGCGGUACAGGGACGUGAUGACGACACAGGGCAUAGUGCGGGGGUACUAUGCACCCCACCCACCGCACUACACCUACCUCGGCAUACCCUACGCCCGCCCGCCCACGCGUUACGACAGGUUUAAGGCACCGAAGCCAACAUUACCAUGGAGUGGUAUAUUUGAAGCCACGCACCGAGUCAAGUGCCCCCAACCAGACGGCUCCGGAGACGAGAACUGCCUGGUGGUGAAUGUAUUCACGCCAGAGAACGCUACAUUACUUCCUGUCAUUGUGCACUUUCAUGAUGGUGUUUUCCAAAAAGGAUGGGGUUCUUUCAAAGUUCCUUUAAAAUUACUUGAACGAAGUUUUGUAUUUGUGAGUUUUAAUUUUCGACUCGGAAUUCUUGGAUUUUUAUGUCUGAGAACUGAGGCUGCUCCCGGAAACGCCGGUUUGAAAGACCAAGUAGCGGCAUUAUAUUGGGUCCAAAGAAACAUCGCGAAAUUUGGGGGUAAUCCGUUGGAUGUCACUGUUUACGGAACAGGGACGGGCGCUGCCUCUAUUGAAAUACUUUUGCUGUCUGGUUCAACAACUGACCUCUUCCAAAAGGCUAUAAUAGAAUCAGGAUCAGUUUUAUCACCGACUACAAUAAAACAUGACCCGAUCACAGACGUAAUUAAUUUGGCAACAAGUUUGGGAAUUCAAAAUGCUGGUGUGGACACCUUCGAAGACAUAUAUCAGCUUCCUGUGAAGAAACUCGUGAAUUCUUCUACCAUUUUCUUACCUUGCGUGGAAAAAGAAUUACGUUUAUCUCACAGCAUAAUAGAUAAAGAUCCCAGAGAUGUAUUACGAAGUAAGCUUUAUCAGCACAUUCCAAUGAUGAUUGUCUAUACAAAUGCUGAAGAAGUGACAAUAAUAACUGGUGAUGAUGAAAGAUUUCAGACUAUACCUGAAGACUUUCAGGAUCUACUUCCACAUGAUUUAGUUUUUGAAGACGAGGGCACGAAGCGCAAAGUUGCAAAACUUGUCAAAGACUUCUAUUUUGCAGAAUUAGAAUUAACAGAAAGUAUUAUUCAUAGCUACGUGGACUUCAUUAACGAUGUCUUCGUAGAAUAUCCUGUAGUUAAAUGGGCUGCAAACUAUGCCAGUAAUGGUAAUCCAGUUUACUUGAUGAAUUUCGCGUACAAAGGAAACAUUAGUAGAAACAAGAAAAUAAAUAUUGCCGGUGCUAGUCCCGGAGACAUAUUUUUGUACUUUAGUCAUAAUGAUUUUAAAGAAGAUUAUGAUGAAGUUAUAACGGAGAGACUCGUCACACUGUGGACAAAUUUUAUUAAACUCGGGUGA